UUCUUGUUGGAUAGCUUUUGUUUUACUAAGGAGCUGCUCAUGAUCUCGUAUCUGAGCGUGUUGAGUUGGGAUAACAAGCUGCCUGCAGCUAUGCUGCUGUUAACUAGGAUGAGUAUAUUCUUGAAUCCAGGGUACCCUUAUGAGGAGAUGUUGAGCAGCUAUUACAAUUACACUGGCCUUACCAUGAGUUCCUACCUACAGAGGUUUCGCGUCUUCAACUUCACCAAAGGUGGACUGAUCCAAUUGAAUCACGGGCGUGGUCAGCCGUUGCAAUAUGUGGUAAAUGCAGCCUUUUUAGCAUCACUAUUUGUUGAUUACAUGAAUGCCACUGGUGUUCCUGGAUGGAAUUGUUGCCCUUUAUUUAUCCCCUUGGAAAAUCUUCACAGUUUUGCCACUUCCCAGGUGAUAAUCCCUAAAAGAUGAGCUACAUAGUGGAUACGGAAACAAAUUCCCAAGACAUGUUCAUCAGAGGGGUGCAUCAAUACCUACUAGUAAAACAAAGUACUCAUGCACUGGAGGUUGGAGAUGGAGAGACACCAAAUAUCCAAAUCCUCAUAACAUAACAGGAGCAAUGGUCGGAGGACCUGAUAAAUUUGAUAAAGUUCAAAGAUUCGUGAACUUCAGCUAUACAGAGCCAACUCUUGCAGGAAAUCCAGGACUUGAUGCUGCAUUAGUUAUUAUCUUUUAAAUCAUCAAAAUUAUAUGUUAAUGG